GCAUGAUGUCAUCAAGAGGCGCCGCGGCCGGUGCGGCGGGUGGUGUGGGCUUGGCGCGGGCCCGGCAGGUAGAGCCGUGGCCGGUGGGCCCUGGCGGCUGCUCAGGCGCCCGGCGCGGCCGGAAGGGGAGCGGGCCGGUAGCGACCGUUUGUCCCGCUCACCUCGCCCCAGGACCGGCGGUGGCGCGUGCCGCGGUGAGCCCGCCCGCUCCGCCAGCUCCGGGCGCAGGAGCAGCGAGGGGCUGAGCUCUUGGUGCCCCGGCGGCGUCGGGCCCCGGGGCGCUUGUGGAGUUACCCAUUCAGCGUCCCCGCCUUUGACGGUAAACCGCGCUGCCGCAGCUGGAGAGCGGUAGGCGGCGGAGUGGUCAGGAUGCGGAGCGGUGCGGGGUGUGCAGCCAGCGAAGCGGUUCCUGUCGUCUGCGUUCACACUGCUCGUGCAGCUCCAGUCGGUGCCCUUCACGUAGGACUCCGUCUUAAAGUGUAAGGAGUGGAGGAGCUGGAAUUCAUUUCAAUAGUAUAAUAUUAAUUAAAAAUAUUUUGGCCACUGGGAGGCUGAAGAUCCUUGUUUUUUAUGGAGACAUCAUAUUUAAGGAAUGUCUGAGGCUUCGUAGAACUGUUGCCCAAUAGACUGGAACAUGGAGACACAGCUAGACCCCAUGAAGGAUGACUUGCCCUUAAUGGCCAACACUAGCCACAUGCUUGUAAAGCACUAUGUGUUGGACUUGGAUGUGGAUUUUAAAAGUAAAGUUAUUGAAGGCAUCAUAGUUUUAUUCUUUGAGACUGGGAGCCGGUACAGGAAAACCAGCAGUACUGGCGAAGAGAGCUGCCAGCCACAGUUUGAUGGAGCCUGUAAAAUGAGAGCAUCUGAACUUUGCCGCAUUCCUGUGACAAAUGUGAGUGCCUGUUCAUCUAAAAAGGAAUGUAAUGAUUUUGCUGUCUGUGGUAAAGGUGAAGAUACUUCUGAUAAAAGUUGUAACCAUAGCAACAAGGAACAGGCUUCUGGGAUUUCUACUUUAAAGAACUGCUGUGACAUAGAGAAUCACGGGAAUAAGGAUUUUCUGCUGAUAUUGGACUGCUGUGAUUUAUCCGUGCUAAAGGUUGAGGAGGUAGAUGUUGCUGCUGUGUCAGGCACUGAAAAAUUCACAACGUCUGCCAAGCUAACUGAUGCUUCAGAGGAGAUGGAAAAUCUCAGGAAUCAGAUAGUACAUGAACUUGUGACUUUACCUGCGGAUCGCUGGAAAGAACAGUUAUACUAUUUUACUUGCUGCAGCAAAGCACCUGGCUGUGGAGAGCUUCUCUUUACUACUAGCACUUGGAGCCUGGAGAUAAGGAAAUCAGGAAUUCAGACUCCAACAGACUUUCCUCAUGCAAUAAGAAUAUGGUACAAAACCAAACCUGAGGGAAAAUCAGUUACAUGGACUACAGACCAGAGUGGCAGGCCAUGUGUUUAUACAAUGGGAUCGCCAAUAAACAACAGAGCCCUUUUCCCAUGCCAAGAACCACCUGUUGCCUUGUCAACAUGGCAAGCUUCAGUUCGAACAGCUGCAGGCUUUGUUGUGUUAAUGAGCGGUGAAAACUCAGCAGAACCAAUCCAGCUUCAUGAAGAUAUCUUGAGCUGGUACUACUAUGUGACUAUGCCAAUGCCAGCAUCCACCUUCACUAUUGCUGUGGGGUGCUGGCAGGAAGUUAAACAGCAGUCCUUCACAGCCCCUAUUCAGACGAAGUUUUCCUUGCCAUCUUUACAGGCUGAUUUCAGGUGGCAUGAAGAAAUCUGUGGUCAUGUGGAAUAUCCCUGCCGUUUCCAAAAUCCUGCUGCCAGGUUGCAGGCAGUUAUUCCUUAUAGAGUUUUUGCUCCCUGGUGCCUGAUGGAACACUGUGAAGAACAUUUGCUUCAGCUCAUUCCUCAGUGCCUCUCAGCUGCUUACACCACACUGGGUACCCACCCAUUUUCCAGGCUUGAUGUUUUGAUAGUUCCUUCCAACUUUUCCAGCCUGGGAAUGGCUAGCCCACACAUCAUCUUCCUGUCACAAAGCAUACUACCGGGAGGGAGCCAUCUCUGUGGAACACGUCUGUGCCAUGAAAUUGCUCAUGCUUGGUUUGGACUGGCCAUUGGUGCUCGUGAUUGGACUGAAGAAUGGAUCAGUGAAGGUUUUGCCACUUUUUUAGAAGAUAUAUUUUGGGCUAGGGCACAACAGCAGCUGUCACAUGAUGAGGUAAAAUGGCAUCAGGAAUUGAAAGCUUUACUUCGCUGGAGACGACUCAGAGAUGAGGUGCAGAACUCUGAAGAAGAGCUGCAAGUUUUAAGGCCCAAAAAGGAGAGCACAGGAGAACUGAGUGAGUCUGGAGCAUCUGUUGUCAAACAUGGUCUUAAAGCAGAAAAAAUCUUCAUGCAGGUUCACUAUUUGAAGGGUUAUUUCCUUUUGCGGUCUCUGGCAAGGACAAUAGGGGAGGCUUCAUACCUUGCAUCUUUACGAAAAUUUGUUCAUAAGUUCCAUGGGCAACUUGUCCUUUCUCAGGAUUUUCUUCGCAUGCUCUUGGAAGACAUCCCUGAACAAAAAAAAUCUGGUUUAACUGUGGAAAGUAUUGUUCAGAACUGGCUUGACACUUCUGGAAUACCAAAGACGCAUUUCAGACCCUCCAAGCCUUUGCUGGAGGAGGGUGAGACGUGGGAGGAGUGUCAGCUCGUCCAGCAAGUGCGCGGCGAGGUCACAAAAUGGAUUCAGACAAACCAGAGGAUCAGAAAAAGUGGCAAAAAGAAAAGAAAACAAGAUGAAGUAGUUUUCCAAAAGAUAGGAAGUCCUAUUUGUAAUACAAGACGGAUGGCUUUGCUAUACUGAGACACCGCCAAAUCAAAGCAACUGCUUCUGCAUCCAAGUACAAAAUCUAGGACAGAGAGAUAACUCUGUGUGGAAUAAGUGAAACAGAAUUGUGGAGGAAAGGUUGCUGACAACUACCGGGGAAUUGCUUCUUGAAAAAAAGUUGCCUUCUAAACAGUUAAGUUUGUAGGAGCUGACUUUACAUACGUGUAUGUGUAUUUAAAGAACACUGGAAGAUACCGUGUGCUGGAUCAGAACUGUGUAACUGGUAGCGUUGCUGGCGUGCAGGGGGCAUUUGAACCGGUGGGGAAGCUUGUGUAGAAAGUUGUGGUGCUGCUCUCCAGUGUGGACCCGCACAUGAUGGAUUACAGCAGAGUAACAAGUUCCAUGGGUGAGAACGACUUCCUAGUCAAGUAACUAAAGAUUCUUUUUGCUCUUUUUAUCUCCUUUUUUUUUAAUCUCUAUUUUUGAGCCUCUUUUCCCUUUCAAACCUUCUUGCUGCUUUGUCUCUGUAGUGUUCUAUUUUUUCUCAACAGCUUUUAUUACAAGCUUUCCUGCUGUUUUUUUCACUCUUCUUUUAUUUCUCCAUUCUCCUUUGUCGCCUUCAGUCACCUUCAGAACUGUUCAUUACUUUCUGUUCACUUUUCAGUUGCUUUUUCUGUUUCGUAAGUUAUUGUUUGCUAACCCUGUUUUCUUUUAAUAAUGCCAUAUAUAUCCUCUUCUUAUGUGCAUGCAUAUACACAAGUUUAAACCCACUCACCCCUGGCAUUUCUGCUCGUCAUCCUUCCUAUUCUUGUGCAUUCAUACUCCUCAUUUAAUCUUACGCAGUCUCUUCAUCUUGUUAUUUACCUGGUUGGCACAUCUGGCAAUCAGUAUGUGUUUCAAUACAGAAUGUUGUUUAUGUGAGAAAAUUAGAGAAGGUAGAACAGACUUUGUAAAUAAUUGGUUGGCUAGAAUUAGCAUUGUUUUAUUAUGAAGAGUGUGAUAGAAAUGCUAAGUGUUGUUAUAAGUUUUGUUGUUAUACUGAACUGUGCCUUAAAAAAAAAAACAAACCUCCAUUAUCAAUGCCAGUGCUGAGUGUUAGGCAGAAGAAAAGGAUCUUUCACUCAGACAAGUGGAAUUGUAAGCAUGCAAUCUGUAUCCACUGUGGAGUUUGAGGGAAGACAUACCUUUUUAUUAGGACACUAAUUCAUUUUUAUAUGAAGUUUAGUGUUAAAACGUAAAAGCUGCUUUGAAAGUAUUCCAGUGGCAGAAAAGGUGUCACUGUAUGGGAAAGCUAGGGUACACAGUAGUUAGGUAGAGCAUUGACAAAUGUGUGUGUAUAUGUACGGGGUAAGGAAUUCGCAUGAUUCAUGCAAAUUACCAAAAUUGCAUUUGUCUGUUACAGUUUCAGUGUGAUACUAUACUGAAACUUUAAGGAGUAAUUCAACUUUUCCAGAAUAAUCUCUACUGCUUUCUCAGAAAUACUGUUUUAAUGUGUUUAAAGUUUGUCUGCUAGUUUACUGAAAAUGUGAUUGUCUUUGAUUUUGUCUUUGAUCUGUGGGUUGUUGCUAUUGGUCAUUCUUCUCACUCUAGAGAUUUACAAUUGCCAGUAUUUAAGAUCUGUUAAUAAUCCGAGCAAAUAUGACUUUGUUGAAAUAGCUGUUAAGUUUCUAAUAAAAAAAGAAAAACAAAAUUAAAAAAGCGGUUGUGAUAUGUAUGAUUAACGCUAAAUGCUAUGACUGUUUGUCCUUUAACAGUGAAUUCAUCAGUGUAACUGAAACACAAGAAAUGGAUCUUGUAAUUCAUGAAAAUGAGUUGUGAUGUUAUACUUCGAGUAGAAAAUGUUUUGAAGUCUCAGCAAAAAAUAGGUAGAAAAAAAUACGAUGUGGCAAAAGAGAUCUUUUAUUUGACUAGGGAAUUUAUUCAGAGUUAUGUGCUUUGCUAAUUUGGCCAAAGGAAUAUUAAUAAUAUAUUAAAAUUACUUUAAAACUUUAAUUACCAUAUAUUUUUUCUCAAAAGGAAUGUUUUCACUUGAAUCCACCAAACUAAGAAUCAAAGUAAGGAUCAAAUCUGAAAUACAUCUCUUGAGCUUGUACACUGUAUAGUGCUUAACAACUUAAAGAAACAUGGUAAGAAGCCCUAAAGCAUUCUUCAGGGUGUUCAGUGGAGUUGUUUGCUGUACCAAGUUCUGUUAAUCUCACAGAACUUUCUAGGAACCCUGUAAAUGUGUUUGCCGGCCUUCACUGGUUCCAGAAAACGAUUGCUUCCUUUGGCAAACAGGGAUUUGGAUAGGAAAUUUAUACUCGCUUCAUGUACAAGAGCUGAGUUGCAUUAAAUGUAGUUAAGCUAUCUGAGAAAUAGAGACCAUGAUUUUAAACACUUUUCCCUUGAAUACAUGUGAAUAUAAUUUUAUGCCAAUAAAACUAAACAUUUUCAGCAUUUAGUUUCAAUCCCUGUAGAAAAAUGUGUGUUUAUGGGUUGUUUGGAAACUAAUUGUACAGCUCCAAAAAACUAUUAAUUUUUAGGAUAGUGCUGCUUCGAAGUUUACUUAGGAAACAUUUAAUAGGACAAGAAGAGACUAUGUCUAUGUGUAAAAAAUACAAAAAUUUGCAUGGAAUUUUUGUUCUAGCCAUAAUUUUUCUUUUAAUUAGUCCAGUUCAGACCUCAGUACUGGCCGUAUUUUAUUUGCAGUAGUGUUUUGUCAAGAUCUUAGUUCUGUUUUUAAUAGCACCCAUCUCUAUUAGCAAGGAAGCGUUGUUGCAUGGUAUAUUUCACAUUGCAUCUCCCAGAUAGUUAUUAUUAUUAUGCUGUCAGAGGAUGAAUGUGCUUAUUGGGCCACAUAUUUAGAUCAAUGAAGCAACUUACCGUUAUGCAUAUGGUGAUGCACCCACUCCCUUCCUUUCAGACUCUGAGAUGACCAUUUCUAAAUUAGGAGAGCUCAGGCCAGCAUGGCCAUGUGUUGAAACAGUUUAAAGUUUACAGAUAAUUAGAUCACUGUUAAUUAUAGCAGUCCAAGCCAGUGGCCGUCCUGUGCAGUGAACGAUUCGGGUCACUUUAAUGUAAAACACAAGGUUUGUGCAGAAGAAGGCAGUUUUCACAAAGAGGUUUUUUACUUUUGAUUUGUAGGAUGAAUUAGUUAUAUGCCUGUGAUGGAACACUGUUUGGCGAUCAGUCUUGUUGGAGGCAUUUUAAUGAGGCAAUGUUUGUGCAUGUUGUAUGAUACUAACAAGGUGAAUUACAUUACUGGGAUCUACUAAUGCCACUACCAUUUCAGUGUGCUGUUGUGUCUAGUUAUAAAGCCCUAUUUUUGGUGGUUGAAAUGUGCACCUUUGUACCUUAGCUUACAAAUACCUGUUGUCUUUAAUAAAACAGGAAAUGGAAAAUGUGAAAAUGGUUUUGUUCUUUCCAGAAUAACAGAGAAACAGAAAGCAUUUGGCCAGUGUUAACAGUUCUCAAAUGUCUGCCCCCAGCAGUGUUUACGCAGCAAAUUCUGAGCAGUGAUGUAGGGAGUUUUGGGACCAGAAAGAAGUCUGUCCCUUCCGCGGCAUUUGCAACUGGAGCAACUUAGUACAUUUGGAAAAAGGUAGUAUGCUGCACUCAAACACUCCAUAAGUUUUCUUCUACAGAAUUUCCUAUGGAUUUUUUAAAGCAGUUGAGAAUCUACACUUGUGCAUGACAGCUGAAUAACCCGCAUGAUUUAAAUGUCCCUAGGUUCUUCUUGAUGUGAUUGACUGUAAUGACUCAAGGAGGUUUACUGGUCUGCUGGCUCAAGUGUGUGCUUUAUUUCAGUCUUACAUGUGUUUUAUUUCAGUCUUACAUUUAUUAUGCAUUGUCAGAAAUAGGCUUAACAAUUUUUUGAUGACCAGCCUUAGCCAUUGUCCUCAUUCUGUGUCUUUUUUUUCAGUUAAGAUUAUGUUCACAUACUUUGUAGUAAAAGCACAUGUAUAGAAGUCUGUAAGUGUGGACAUGGUUAUUUAAAUAAAUAUAUGAGCAAGGCAAAGAAAUAUAUGAGAAGGCAAAGGCUAGACUUUUUAUAAAAACAAUUUAAAUGGUUUUGGUAGUUCUUAAUCUGCUUUUUGAUGGCCUUAGUACUAAAAGUAGUCAUGAGCACAACUUACUGUCAUCCUCUCCUCUCCUUCGAGCCCCCCUCUCAAGAAGUUGUUUAGAGCAAGAAGGUAGCUCAUUGUUACAAGCAAAUACAUUCUUUCUUGCUUUAAUUAAACAGACAGGACUGAAUUUCUAAAGGUCUGUAAAUUGUACUAUACUCAUUUGGUCUGUGCUGCAUGUAUUUUCUCAUCUUUUCUUGUGGACACAAGUUGAAUGACUACUCAUAAUUGUCUAGUUUCUCUCAGCAGACACUUCAUUUCUAGGUUUUGUGAAACCUUUACCAACAUUUGAAACUAGACUACAGUAUGUCAACAUUAGCAUGAUAUUUAUGCUCUAUAAGUAUAUAUAAAUCUCUAUAUGUGGUAUAUAAAUACAGAAAAUAUUUUUGAUCUGCUGAGAUAAGACACAAGGUGUCCAAUAUCUGUCAUUUUAUUGGGACUGCGGUCUCACCAUGGAUGAGUGAACAGAAAAUGUUUUCCUUUUCUCUUUGCACUGUUAAGCUAAGUCGUUAUUCUACAGUGAGCUCCACCUAGGCACUCUCCAUAUCUGAACAGCAUUCCUGAAGCACAGGGUAUUGAUACUUAAAUUUUCCAUAGUUUUGAUUCCGAAAUGAUUGCCAGUGACAAUUUGCUUAAUAAAGAAGGUACAAGAAUUUUGUUGUCCACCUGUGCUAUAACUGUGUUGUAGUUAACAAUCAUUUUUCGAGAAAAGCUUUUGUUUUUAUCCAGAAAAAUUGCCAAUGGAAAAGAAGCUUAGGUGAUUAUGUUGUUCUGUAUGUGUCUUUCUCCCUUCUCUGCCUUUAAUUUAGGCAUCAUUGGGCAUUUUCAAUGAAACCUUAGUGCUCUAAAUCUGCCAUGUUCCUACAAGAUGCUGUGUGGCAGGCCCACGUAAACGCAAUGCAGAAGCGUCAGCUCCAUCGUUUCUGGGAAUCCUGACAGAUGCAUGAGGGGUCGAUGUUAUGACUGUCCCAACCACGGGAAACAGUUUUGUGGACACUUUGAGACUACGAGGCAGUUUGUUCGUGAGACACAAGUUCCUAAGAAAUUGAAUUAAAUUACUUCUGCUUCUCACAGAAUUUAAUGUUUUGGUUUUAUGAACUGUAUCCUAUGUACUCUUCUGGUCGCAUGCUCCAAAUGUGAUGAACACCCUCAUAAUUAAUUUGCCAUGCAGUUAGUUUCCUUCUUCACUCCUAACACAAAUACCUGAGGAAAAAGGGGCUUAAGACUUAGGUUGGAAGACUGAUGAGUCUUUCGCUUAUGGUCUCUCAUCUGUAUUGCAAAAGGAAAUGAAAUAAAGCUAAAGAGCAUUAAAUGUU